CUUGAGCAGACUCCGGACCACGACACACCCAUAUUCCUGCCCAGAGACCCACCCCUGGCCUGGCUAUUGGCUAAGAUAUGGGUGCGUCACUCCGAGUUCCAGGUGUUCCAGCUGCUGUCUCACCUGCUCAGGACUCAUCUGGUCAUAGAGGUGUUUUGUGUGGCUACUCUGAGACAGCUGCCUGCUGUGCACCCUAUAUAUAAGCUCCUGGCCCCUCAUCUGCGCUAUACUCUAGAGAUCAACUGUAGGGGACGCACUCAGCUCAUCUCUCCCAAUGGCAUCUUCAAACGGGUUGUGUCUACAGGUGGUGAUGGCCUGUUGAUUCUGGCUCAGAGGGAGUACAAGGUGCUGACCUACCGCUCCCUCCAGCCCCGCAAUGACUUCACUGACAGAGGAGUUUAUGAGCUCCCGAAAUAUUUCUACAGAGAACACAGUCUGAUGCUAUGGGACGCAAUACACAGUUUUGUCUCAGGUAUGGUGAGCCUAUACUACCAGUCAGACCAUGAUGUGCAGGAGGACCUAGAGCUCCAAGCCUGGAUAAGAGACAUAACACAGGAAGGCUACACAGAGCUCCCCAACUUUGGUCUGCCCAGUAAGCUCAACACCAGAGAGGAACUCUCCACCCUGGUGUCAGUGGCAAUCUUCACCAGUACAGCCCAGCAUGCAGCUACCAACAAUGGACAGUUUGACUGGUGUGCCUGGGUCCCCAACACCCCCUGCACCAUGAGACACCCCCCACCAACAGACAAAGAUGCUGUUACCAUGGAGAUGGUCAUGGCCACACUUCCUGAUGUCAGCCAGUCCUGUCUGCAGAUGGCUAUCACAUGGCAUCUGGGACGAGCACAGCCAGACGCAAUUCCUUUGGGCCAAUACACACAGGAGCACUUCACUGAGGGCGAGGCCCUGGAGUUGAUCGAGAGGUUCAGAAGAGAACUGAAAGACAUUGAGGGCCAUAUCCUCAAUCAGAAUGAAGGACUAGAGCUUCCGUACCUUUUCCUCCUGCCCAGCCGCAUAGAGAACAGCAUCACCAUAUAGAAAGCCUAACUACAGGAUUCACUAUGGGUUAUGUGGUAGUAUGGCGCAUACCUCCCAGAUUCACUUUUUCUCUGUUGAUCGUGUAACAAAAUUCUAAUGUUGUAAAAAAAAAUAAGAGAGAAUAUAGCUUUUUGUAAUGUGAAAAAUGUUAUCCAUGAGACAAUUUAUGAUUUGUGUUUGUAAUGAAAAGUAGGGGAUGAUUAAAAAUACUGAGAUGUUAAGUCAACGUUGAGUAUGUAAGUCAUACAUUUUGACUCUAUAAGUUGAACAUAUGCGAUGCCAAGUCAUUGUUUUGAGAUAGUAAAUCAAUAUGUCAAAAGUCAGGGGUGCACUAGUGGUCUAGGGGUUCAAUGGAAUGUCCACCAGGAGCAGUUUGGCUACAUCACAGCCACACCAAUGUUAACUGAAUGUGGUCGUGUAAAGUGUGCAUGCAUUGGAACCAAUACAUUUAAGGUUUAUUUAUUGAUUUUUACUGAAUUACAAGCAUAACUGAACCAUGAAAUACACACAGUGUAAGGCUUUAGGCAUAGAAGUGCUUGUCUCUGAAAGCAUAAAAACAGGUGGUCUACUGGGAAGGGGUCAAAGGUCAUCAACCAAGAGGCUGGAGAUCAACAGUGACAGAAUAUGCUGUUUAUACUUAUUAAAUGUGGAAUAUUGUCAUAUUCUGAAUAAUAGUGGACUAGCGAUUGACAUUAGCUUUCAAAUGGUAAAUGGACCUGUACUUGUAUAGUACCUUUCUAGUCUUCCAACCACUCAAAGCGCUUUUACACUACAUGCCACAUUCACCCUUUCACUCAGCAAUGGCAAAGUCCAUCCAACAGAAACACUAACCAUUCAUACACAUUCACACACAUUCACACCACCAAAUGCACAGCAUCAGGAGCAAAUUUGGGGUUCAUUAUCUUGCUUCACAGGAUACUUCGACAUGUGACGGUAACACCAGGGAUCGAUCCAACAACUUUCCGAUUAGAGGACGACUCACUCUGCCUCUGAGCCACAGCCGCCCACCAGAUGUCACCAGCUUCUAAACAAAUGAUGUAGAUUAGCUAGCUAGCAUUUUGCCAACCAAGGUUCUGACUAAGGCUUGCUCAACUUUUACUGGAGCACAAAGCCAAAAAGGGGCAGGACUUAGGAAGAGUCAACUGAUGAAAGCCAUGAAGGCCUAGCACAUAUGUUGGGUUAACAUAAUUUUGUCAAACUAAACUUGGGUUGCUUCUUUCCUUCAGUGUGUCUUCUUUUAUUUUAUUAUAGUGCACAUAUUUUAUGUAUAUAUAUUUAACACUUAACUAUUGAAAUUAAAUUGUGAUUACAGCAACAGAUUUUGAUACAUUAAAAAACUGAAAGGUGAUCUGUCAGUUUUGAAAUUCAAAGAUCCCCUCCAGACAUUUAUUUAGACACAAUACAAAUAGUCUGCUUGGAA